AAAUCUGCAGUUCAGUAUUAAAUACUACUGCCACUACUACUACCACCACCACCACCACCACCACCACCAUCACUACUAUACUAAUAUAGUGGCUCACCUACAAUGGAUUCUGAAUUAUCACACAGUGUGGUUGGGAGCUAUCUUAACCCUCCGGAAAGAAUGUGUCCUCCAUCAUUCACACAGAAUGAAGCAUUUCAGAAUUACCACCCUGGGAACUCUCUGAAAAUGUGUAAUAGUCUAAACAACCAAGCUCUUGUUUCAGCAUUAAAAACUCUCCAGGAAAAGAUUCGUCGUCUCGAGCUGGAGAGGACGCAGGCUGAAGACAACCUGAACCUUCUGUCCAGAGAAGCAGCGCAGUAUAAGAAGGCCCUGGAGAUGGAGAGCAACGAGAGGAACCUGGCACACCAGGAGCUGAUUAAGCAGAAGAAAGAUAUCAGCAUACAGUUAAGCUCGGCCCAGUCUCGUUGUAUUCUUCUAGAGAAGCAAUUGGAAUAUACAAAGAGGAUGGUUCUCAAUGUAGAGCGAGAAAAGACUGUGAUUCUAGAACAGCAGGCUCAGCUUCAAAGGGAAAAAGAACAAGAUCAGAUGAAGCUGCACGCAAAACUUGAAAAGCUCCAUGUCUUAGAAAAAGAGUGUUUGAGACUGACGGCAACUCAGCAGAAUGCGGAGGAUAAGAUUAAAUAUCUAGAAGAAAAACUAAAGGAGGAGGAGCAUCAGCGCAGGCUGUUUCAAGACAAAGCCUGUGAGCUUCAAACUGGAUUUGAAAUCAGCAAAAUUUUAAUGUCCACAGUUUCGAAUUCAAAGCAUUGUAAGGAAAAGAAGAAACUACCAAAGAAAACCAACUGUUUAAAAAGAGAGCCACGUCAGCAAAUGGACCACAAGUUUAGAGCACCGACUUUUAAGAGAGAGACGCCUUUCAGAGUGACUGCCCAGGCUAGAGCUAACUCUCAUAGCUCGGGAGAGCCUGUUUCCGUUUGUGACAGUCUGUCUGAACUCAUGAUGACAAUGCAAGAUGAGCUGGACCAAAUGAAUAUGGAGCACAGGGAGCUCCUGAGACAGAUGAUACAGACUGAGAGCCGGUCCGUCUCCGAGGACCUUGAGCACGAGCUGGAUCGGUUAGUCCAGAAGAUGGAGAGCAAAGAAGACCAGAUCUCCAGACUCAAGAAGCACCAAGACAGUGUCCGUAAACUGCAGGAAAAAGUUGAGAACUCAAGGAUAAAUGAAUCUUCAGGUAUCCAUGGCAACCCUAAACGAUCAAAGAAGUUGAAAACUAGCCCCCAGAAAUGUGUGAGUGAGACCAGCGCUUUUCAGAGAGACAGCAGCUUUCAACCAGUGCAGGUUCAUAGCCUGCAGACGAAGCUGAGGCGGGACGACAUCAAGUGGGAGCAGUGACCAGCAAACUGUCUGUCGCGUAAAUGAACCUCGCCAGUGAGACCUCACGCCGUCUCCGUGGUUUUUAUUUCAUGUGCUUUUGGGAACCCUUGAAUUAUGUUUCUGGCUGCUAUAAAAUGUGAAGCUGUACAUUUUCAGAAUAAUGGUUAAUGACCUAGUAGCCUGCCAGGGUUCCCAGAACAUAGAUGACUGCUAUUCACUGUUGUUAACCCGAGGCCCUGGCCCCAUCACACUCUUUAGAAGCAUUCACUGUGCAGCCCCGUAAGGUGAAUCCAAGAAGCUGUACUGAGUGGAUACUCACUAGAAUCACGUUAAUCUCACAUGUGGGUACCAUUCCUCAGUCUGAUGUAUGCAGGCUGUCCCCUGUAGUUCACACGGAAUGACCAGAAUCCCAGAACUGCCACCUUGCCUUGUUUGACAUCUCAGCAGUGGUCUUGUUUGUUCUGUUUGGAAAGGGAAAACACAGUAAUUGUGCAGUUUUGUGAGAAUGACCUUAACUAAGCUUUGAUAUGACAGCCACAAAAUGAGAUGCAUAACUAACUUUUGAAGACACUCCUAAUCCAUCUUUCUUCCUCUGCCCGCCCGGUCUCCUUUACAACCUGCUUACCUUUUAACUCCGGCAGUUGGUUUUCUCUUACUCUUUUAUAACUUCCUGGUUUUUCCAUUCAUGUUAUAUGGGAUUUACAUCCAUAUAUGACAGUGUACAUGUCCAGGACCCAAGAAGGCAAUGCAAUUCUGUAAGAAGACGGUAGGCAUUUAACUGACUUUAUCACAGGAGAAGAUGAGUUAGGAAAAUGUGGUGUCUCCUUCAAUACUUUAAAAUCAGUGAUGUCACAAUGGAUUUCUUUGUUGUAUACACAUGUUACAUAAUAAAUUUAUACUUUUUGCCUUUCCU